AUGUCGAGGCAGCUCAACAUGGACACCCUGCGGCAAAACUUCUGGAAGGAAGAAUACCUCAGAGAGAUGAGGUUGCGCUGUGAAUGGCACCGCAAGCAUGGAACUCUGGUGAAGGCCAAGCAGAAGGCCAAGGCUGCAGCCCGUCUUCCCCUCAAACUGCCCACCCUGAUGCCCAAGAGCCCAGGCUUGCCACCACCUGUCUCCAAAACAGCCCUUUCUAAGGCCCCCAGCCCUGUCCCAGAGGUUCACUUUCAGUCAGAAAUGUACCCAGUAUCACCCGACACCAAAGCCCUGCUGUAUGAAGGCAUCUCCCAUGACUUUCAGGGGCGCUACCAGUAUCUCAACACCCGAAAACUGGACCUGCCAGAGACGCGCUACCUGUUCCCCAUCACCACCAACUUCACCUAUGGCUGGCAGCUGGAUACCAAAAGAAGGACCUGGUGGAACAUCUUAGAGCUGGGUGACGGUGGCAGACAGCUUCAGGCCACACUGCCGUCGGUCACUGCAGAGUCCCGUUGUCCAGCACCCAGAUGCCCCGCCACAAAGCAAGAAAUGGUCUCUUGCAAGAUGUGCCGCAUCGAGUCAUUCUUCAGGAAGAAUGGGGCCUUUGCACUGCUGGAUCCCCGAGACCUGGCCCUCUGA